CCUCCAUUCCCGACCUUGGAACCCGGCGUGUAAGAGGGCCUCGAGGGUGACAACCUCUCUCACCGUGCUCCGUUCGGUUGUCCAACGCGACGGGCGGGCAACGAGUCGCUCUCCGAUCUCGUCCUUGUUAAUCCGGCGGUGUUCGGAUGCUCGGUUCUUCCUUUCCUUUUAUCCUAACAGUUUUCCCGUCUUUCUGUUGUUACUCAUCUUCUCUUCUCUGCUUCGUGGUCUUUGCUCGCCAGUUUUUGUAUUGUUUCGUGAUACCCUCAGUUUCGUCUCAUCUACCUAUCUCCGGUGACUAGUGUAGCGUGUUAGCUAGCCGUCUUCACCUUUAACAAAGCACAGCACACGAACAGCAACUGAAACGGGUUCGUUUUUCCAAGCAAAUCACCAACGGCGAGUUAACCAAACCCGCCAACCAUCAAAUCAAUCACAAUGGGCAUCCUACCAAAAGGCCUCUCCUCCGUCCUAGCCAAAGCGCCCACUGACGUCGUCAUCCUCUCCUCUCUCCGCACUCCCAUCACCCGCUCCUACAAGGGUCACCUCAAGGAUGCCUACCCGGAAGAGCUCCUCUCCAUCGUCCUGCGCGCCACCCUCGACAAAGUCCCCGAGCUCAACCCAUCCAAAAUCGAAGACGUCGCCGUCGGCGUCGUCCUCUCCGAGCUUGGCGGCUCCAAAGCCGCCCGCAUGGCCCUGAACCACGUCGGCUUUGAUUCUUCGUCUACUUCCCUCUACACCGUCAACCGCGCCUGCUCCUCUUCGCUGCAAGCCAUCGCCUCCAUCGCAGCCUCGAUCCGCACCGAGGCUAUCGAUGUCGGCAUCGGCGCCGGCAUGGAGAGCAUGACGCGCAACUACGGCUCGCGCGCGAUCCCGAUUUCGUACUGGCCUGCUCUCAAGGAGAGUCCCGUCAAGGACGCGCGGGACUGCGUCAUGCCCAUGGGUUUGACUUCGGAAAACGUCGCGAGCCGGUAUGGUGUCUCGCGCGAGGAUCAGGAUGCGUUUGCCGUCAAGUCGCACCAGUUGGCUGCGCAGGCGCGCGCUGAGGGCAGGUUCAAGGAGGAAAUUGUUCCGGUGACGACGCAGUACCAGGAGGUGGAUAAGGCCGGGAACAAGGUGGGCGAACCUCAGACUGUCACGGUGACGGAAGACGACGGCAUCAGGCCGACGGCGUCGCUGGAGGGCAUGGCGAAGCUGAAGCCUGCUUUCAAGCCGGACGGCGCCAGCACGGCGGGUAAUUCGAGCCAGGUUAGCGAUGGUGCGGCGGCGACGCUGUUGAUGAGGAGGAGCACGGCCACGGCGUUGGGAUUGGGAGACCGCAUCAUCGGCAAGUUUGUGGCUGCUAACACGGUGGGGUGCAAGCCGGAUGAGAUGGGCAUCGGCCCCGCGGUGGCUAUCCCGAAGCUGUUGGGCCAGCUGGGGUUGGAGAAUAAGGAUGUGGAUAGGUGGGAGAUCAACGAGGCUUUUGCCAGUCAGGCAAUUUACUGCUUGAGGGAGCUGGGUCUUGAGGAGGCUUGGAAGGAUGGUAAGGUUAACCCGGAUGGUGGUGCGAUUGCUUUGGGUCACCCCUUGGGCGCCACUGGUGCGAGAAUGGUGAGCACCUUGUUGCAUGGUCUCGGAAGGACGGGUGGUGAGGUUGGUGUGGUCAGCAUGUGUGUUGGCACUGGCAUGGGCAUGGCUGGUGUCUUUGUUAGAGAGUAAGUUUGGGAUUAUAUAAAGCUUUUGUACAUUUACUGGGACGCGAUAUCAUGGAUGAUAAACGAAGUACAAAACGCAACCAACUCUCAUUUUAUAAGCCGAGUUCGAUCAGUGAAUUCGUACUGCGAAGGCUCGAUUACUUCUACCAAAGCGUCAUACAACACCGGAUUUUGAUGUGAAU